AUGCCGGAGAAGAGGUCUAACAGUCGCUUCUCGAAGGCUGCCGUAAAGGUGCUGAGAAAUUGGCUGGAUGAACAUCAAGCCAAUCCUUACCCCACUGAGGAUGAGAAAGAACAGUUAGGUCGCACAACUGGCCUUCGAAUUGCUCAGAUCAAUACUUGGCUUGCAAAUGCUCGUCGCAGAGGCAAAGUUGGUGUCAAGAAUAAGGCUGCUUUGGAUGGCCUAGCGCACACAACCACUACUUCACUACCCCCAACAGCUGCUAUCGGUAUUCCAGGUUCUACAGAAAUCGAAAUUAACAAGUGGUCAGACAUGAACCCCCUUGAACGAUGGAAGCACUCGCCUCCUCAGAACGAACCAGCUCCCUUCAACGCUAUUGCCGACGCUUUGGGGAGAGGAGAUCUACCUGAUUAUGCGGAUGAAUCAAGCUCUCCAUCAUCCUUGGGCUGGCAGGGUCUCGGUUCGAGCCGCGAUGACUCGAGGUCUUCGAACCGUAGAGCAGCAUCUGUCACGUCCUUGGAGAGAUCUACGUCCAAUUCUGCUGCAUCAUCUGCGGCAUGUCUCAAUGGCAGAAAAGAACGAAGGCGUCGUCGAAAGAUGCCUGGACCUGCUCUCAAGAAGCCCUCUAACGACAAGAACAUUCAGAAGGAGAGGAUUUAUCAAUGUACAUUCUGUGCGGAUACCUUCCUCACCAAGUACGAUUGGCAGAGGCACGAGAAGACGUUGCAUCUGUCCUUGGAGAAAUGGAUAUGCUGUCCGUUGGGUCCAGAGACACUAGAUCCUGUCACAGGCAAGACCAUCUGCGCAUAUUGCUGUGCUCCAGAGCCAACGAAGGACCACAUUGAAUCACACAACCACCGGCAAUGCCUUGACAAAGGAUUCGUGGGACGGACAUUCUACCGUAAAGAUCACUUACGACAACAUCUUCGACUUGUGCACGACAUGAAAAUGUUGCCACACAUGGAAGACUGGAAGACAACUUUGUCUAACAUCAACAGCAGAUGUGGUUUCUGUAGUCAGCGUUUCAGCGUGUGGUCAGAGCGCAACGAUCAUUUAGCUGCACAUUUCAAGGAUGGAGCCAAGAUGAGUGAGUGGAAGGGCUGUCGAGGCUUGGACCCGCCCAUCGCUGCUCUUGUUAGCAGUGCCAUGCCGCCCUAUCUGAUCGGUAUGGAAACCAACUCAGUCAAUCCAUUCACCGCCACACAACCGAUGAAAUGUAUGACGGUUCAGACACACCUUGACGCCGGAGGUCCGCCAACCACAUGCUGGGAAAUAUUGACUGUACGGCUUGGGAAGUUCGCGAAAGAGCAGACAGACAAAGGUGUCAUCUUGACCGAUGAGAUGUUGCAGACCCAGGCGAGGCACAUUCUCUAUGAUUCCGAUGACGCUUGGGACAACACUGCAGCUGACAAUCCGGAGUGGCUCGACCUGUUCAAACGAGCUCACGCGCUCGACUACAUUCCGACU